UUCGCUAUUAAAAAAAAUGCAUCGUCAUGGGGAUUAGAAAUUAUUGAUGGGUGCCAUGCCUUUAUCAGCAACAGUUCAUUUAACUUUCUUAUGACAAUGACGAUGGACCUGCUAUAACGUGACUCAUUAAUAACAUACAACAGCACACAACAGUUGAGUCAGUUCAAUAAUUCAUCACCUUUUUUCUCCCAACUCUUCUUCCUUGAGUUUGUGUUGAACAACAAUGGAUAGGAUCCAACACAAGUAUGUUGAUGCAAGAGGUCUUAAGCUUCACAUAGCUGAAAUUGGAACAGGUGAUAAUGUGGUGGUUUUCUUGCAUGGAUUUCCUGAAAUUUGGUAUUCAUGGAGAUACCAAAUGAUUGCAGUAGCAAAUGCAGGAUAUCGAGCAAUCGCACCUGAUGUUAGAGGCUAUGGAUUAUCAGAAAUUCCACAAGAACCUGAAAAAUCUACUUUCCUUGACCUUGUUCAUGAUCUGGCCGCCAUCUUCGAUUCCUUAGCCAUCUCAAAGGCUUUUGUAAUUGGGAAAGAUUUUGUAGCCUUGACAGCUUACCAGUUUGCAAUUCUGCACCCAGAGAGAGUGAAAGGGAUUGUUACAUGUGGGGUUCCUUAUUGUCCGCCUGGUGGUUUUGAACAAUUACUCAGCAUCCUUCCUGAAGGUUUCUACAUUUCUAGGUGGAAGGAACCGGUAGGAAGAGCUGAAGCGGAUUUUGGACGUCUUGAAGUCAAGAAUGUAGUACGGAACAUUUACGUGCUCUUCUCUAAGAGUGAAUUACCUAUAUCAGAGGAAGAUAAGGAGGUCAUGGACAUAGUAGAUGAAUCUCAUCCUCUCCCAUCCUGGUUCACUGAAGAAGAUCUCUCAGCUUAUGCUGCUCUAUAUGAGAAAUCCGGUUUUCGUACUGCACUGCAAGUUCCAUACAGGUCAAUCUCAGAAGGGUUCCCAAUAACGGAUCCAAUCAUAAACACUCCAGCACUAUUGAUCAUGGGUGGGAAAGACUACUUUCUGCAACUUCCAGGGAUGGAAGGGUAUAUAACAAGUGGAGCAGUGAAAGAACAUGUACCCAAUUUAGAGGUCAAAUUUUUACCUGAAGGAAGUCAUUUCGUUCAGGAGCAAAAUCCAGACGAGGUGAACGAGCUCGUCACUGCCUUCCUUGCUAAACACAUGUGAGCUGAGUCCCUUAUAGAGGAGAACUCUCAACAUUCAAGAGCCUAUGUACUUUAGUUUCCUAAUGAGACUCUCUUGAUGUAACUACUUUCAUGUGAGUUGUUUCUUGUUUGUCAGUGGAGUCGUUGUGUUAGUUUGGAAUGGUCGAAUGCAUGGUCACUCUUGUAACAAGGUUCCUGGGUAGUGAAAUUCAACUAUAUGAUAUAAGUAGUUGAUGUUCUUGAAUAAAAUAAUCCAAUCGAAAUUAAGAAAUUUUA